ACAGCUCCGUGUUCUCUUCUCGUGCGAUUCUCAGUCAGAGAGCAGCCCAAUUCAUUCAUGUUAAUAUACAACACACAAGCGCACGCAACAAGAUACCAUUUUUUGCGCCUUCGAUUCGUCUUUGAUGAUAGUUUGAUUUGAUGUGAGAACCUCAUCUGACCCAAGAUUCGGAUUCUUUAUUCUGAUCUGCGGCUCUGGGUUCGAGCUUUUCCUCCUCCUUCAAUACCAGGCAAAUGGAUUCACUGUCUAACGGCGAUUCAGCCGCUGUAGCAGCAGCGGAGACGGUAGCGGCCACGGCCGUUUCGAUUAUGCCGCAGUCGAGGAUCCGUCUGGCGGAUUCGCUGAAGCUGGAGAAUCAAUUGUUGAAGUUGCCCUUUGAACAUUUCAAGAAAUCUAUAAGAGCAAACCGCCGGAUCGCCGAGAAGGAGAUCGGUGCCGUUAUCGAUAGCGUUAUCGAUGCCGCCCAACAGGACAUGUCCAAAGAAGAAGCUGUUGACCACCUCACGUCUCUUGUUUCCAGACUGCAAGGCCUCAAACGGAAGUUGGAAGAGGGUAGUCGAACCGAGAACUUGCAAGCACAGAGGUGUCGGGCUCGACUGGAACACUUAGAGGCAGCACAGACGGAGAACGUUUCUGAGUGGAACAGCACACGCGAAAAGCGCUUUCUUGUGGACUAUAUGUUGCGUAUGUCUUACUAUGACACGGCAGCGAAGCUCGCAGAAAGCAGUAAUAUACAGGAUCUUGUUGACAUCGAUGUCUUUCAAGAAGCCAAAAAAAUUAUUGAUGCUCUUCAGAAUACGGAGGUAGCUCCUGCCCUUGCUUGGUGUGCAGAGAACAAGUCCAGGUUGAAGAAGUCCAAGAGCAAGCUCGAAUUUCAAUUGAGACUGCAAGAGUUCAUAGAGCUGGUACGAGCUGAUAACAACUUGCAAGCUAUUACAUAUGCUCAGAAAUACCUUGCACCAUGGGGAGCCACCCAUAUGAAAGAACUGCAGCGUGUAAUGGCAACUUUGGCAUUUAAAAGUAAUACUGAAUGUGCAGCAUACAAGGUAUUUUUUGAACCAAAGCAAUGGGACUAUCUAGUGGAGCAGUUCAAACAGGAGUUCUGCAGGUUAUAUGGCAUGACCCUUGAGCCUUUGUUGAAUAUCUAUUUGCAGGCAGGCUUGUCUGCCCUUAAGACUCCAUUCUGUUACGAAGAAGACUGCACCAAAGAAGACCCACUGUCGCAGGAAGGCUUCCGGAAACUAGCAUCACCAUUACCAUUCUCCAAGCAACAUCAUUCAAAACUUGUUUGCUACAUCACAAAGGAGCUAAUGGAUACAGAGAACCCACCACUAGUCUUGCCAAAUGGCUAUGUUUAUAGCACUAAGGCCCUUGAAGAAAUGGCCAGGAAGAACAACGGUAAAGUCACGUGCCCUAGAACAGGUUUGGUCUGCAAAUAUUCUGAGCUUGUCAAGGCUUUCAUUUCGUAGUCAUGGAUAUUCAGAACUGAGCCAGGUCGACAAUCGCAUUCCCAGCUCCCAACAGAUGAGAGCUACAGCUGGUUGCGUCUACGGAAACUAAGCAGCUGGCUUGUGAAGAAGCAAGCAUUCUCCUGUCCACUUCAUGACUAAGUUUGUUGAUUAUUCCCAAUCCAUGUAUAUUUCAAAGACAAACUUAUUCCUUUUUCACCUUUUUUUUUAAUCGAAAACAAGCUCCUGCUGUGUUCUAUAAUUAUAUCAUCUGUUAACAACUUCUCAUAGAAAUUAAGCGUUGUUAUCAAUAGUUAUUAU